UGCUCCUCGACACACUGGUUUUGUGGGAGCAGUCUGUCUAGAAAUUAGCUGCUAUAUUUCAAACAAGAGGCAUGCUGUGGCUGUGUGUAGAAAUGCAAGUCAUUGUGUAAAAAAAUGUCAGCUUGUCCAGAGACAGGCGCAGACCUUGUGGAUUAGUGCGGAAGGUUAGGACCCCAUAUGAUUUUAACUGGUGUUCCCAGAAUGCAUUGAGUGAGAACAAAACCGUGUCCUGCUGACACGCUGGUUCUCCCGCUCUCUCUCUUUUAGUCUUUCCCCAUCACGUGCACACUCGCCCUGAUGACUGGGCUUUUCAUUGUGUCAGACGUGCCGAGUCUGCACUUGCUCUGUGUCCGUGUAAUCCCUCUCUGGGCUGGGAGCCUUGUAUAAAAGAGGUGUCCCAGCGACCACCCAUCACAACUCCGACCUCCUGGAGCAGAGCGAGAGCAGGCAUGUCUGAGAUGGCGAGUCGGACCACCCCUGUGACUGAGAGGAAGAGCCACCAGACCAAGAAGCUGGAGAUGGGCGUGGGAUCCUACAAGAUAUUCAUCUACGAGCGAGAGAACUUCCAAGGCCGCUGCCGGGAGUUCGCUGGCGAGUGCAUAAACCUGUGUGAAGCUGGCUUUGAGCAGGUGGGCUCGAUCCGCGUGGACUGUGGGCCCUGGGUGGCCUACGAGCGCUCCAACUUCUGCGGGGAGAUGUUCACCCUGGAGAAGGGCGAGUACCCACGCUGGGACUCCUGGUCCAACAGCCGCCAGAACUACUACAUCAUGUCCUUCAGGCCCAUCUGCAUGGAGUCCGAGCAGCAUAAGAUCUGCCUGUUCGAGAUGGCCGAGUUCAAGGGCCGCAAGAUGGAGAUCGUGGACAACGACCUGCCCAGCCUCUUCACCUACGGCUUCACCGACCGGGUGGGCAGCACCAUUGUGAGCUGCGGCACCUGGGUGGGCUACCAGUACCCGGGCUACCGUGGCUGCCAGUACCUGAUGGAGAGGAAAGACUUCAGGCACUGGAAUCAGUGGGGCGCUCGCCAGCCGCAGAUCCAGUCCAUUCGGCGAAUCCGUGACGGACAGUGGCACAGGGUCGGCUGCUUCAACUAGAAGCCGCACACCGACCGGGACCCAACGGGACUGACACCUGCACAGUGAUGAGUGUAAGGUGCGGGGUGCAGAGCAUUGAUCGACGGCUCAGUUCUUCAGGACCGACACACAUCAGUGAGUUACAAUGAGGCAAUUGGUCAAUGGCAGGUGUUUACAGACUUUGUGAGCAAAAAAUAAAUUAAUUUUAAACACACUAAAAAAAGGUUCAUCAAUUUUGUUCAACUUGCUGUUGUUGCUUUUGCGUCUUUCCUUUCCAGUGCACUCUGGACUAACCAGUUACCAGUUACAGCUGAAUGGGUCUGGAGGUUUCAUCAGAAUGGACUGGGUUCAAACAGUGAGGUAUAAUUAACAGUGGUAGUAUUAUUGAUCAUUUCCACUGCCAGUAAUCCCAGCCAACUUGAACCUGACAGUCAGAGUAAUUCAGCUAAUUGACGUCCUAUAAACUGCGUAACGUAAUGAUGGAUGAGUGGUCUGUAAUCUAAUCAGUGAAUGUUUUCAACAUCUGGGACCAACUGAUUGUCAGAAAUUAAUUCAUAGAAUGGUGUCGCUCAGUGAAGCUUUUUCAGCCCAUGCCUUUGAUAAUGGCUCCUUGAAAGUGUGUCUCCUUGCUCUUAGAACCACACAACACAGGAACUGGCCCUUUAGCCCAGAAUGUCUGAGUCGAACAUGAAGCAAGACUAAACUAAUCUCAUCAGCUUGCAUGUGAUCCAUACCCCUCCAUUCCCUGCACAGUUCUUAAGGACCGACACUCAUCAGAUAGUUUUCACACAGAGAGUGGUGAAUCUCUGGAACUCUCUGCUACAGAAGGUAGUUGAGGCCAGUUCAUUGGCUAUAUUUAAGAGGGAGUUAGAUGUGGCCCUUGUGGCUAAAGGGAUCAGGGGGUAUGGAGAGAAGGCAGGUACGGGAUACUGAGUUGGUUGAUCAGCAUUAUCAUAUUGAAUGGUGGUGCAGGCUCGAAGGGCCGAAUGGCCUACUCUUGCACCUAUUUUCUAUGUUUCUAUGUUAAAAUGCAGGCAAUAGUUCAGUGGCAAGUGUUGCUCCCUGUGGAGGCUGGCUUUAAACAAAAUAUAAAUUAAUUUUAAACACACUAAUAAAGGGUAAUCAAUUUUGUUGGACUUGCCUUUGUUACUUCCGCGUCUUUCCAUUCCCAUGCACUCUGGACCCACCUCCCUCUUUCUGAAGAAAGGUCCCAACCCUCUCCAUUCCCUCCGCAGAUGCGGCCUGGCUCGUUUGAUCUCCUCCAGCCCUUUGUGUUAUGCUCCCCAUUUCUGCUCUCUGGAUACUGGAGGUUGUCUGAAACCUCUCACCCCAUGUGUUUGCCGUACACGGCCCAGCCCGAUUUACCCCAUGUUCUCUCACCUGCACCAGCUCCUCGUUAAGCCAGGUUCAGUUUAGUUUAGUUUAGAGAUACAGCACGGAAACAGGCUCUUCGGCCCACCGGGUCCGUGCCGACCAGCGAUCCCCUGCACAUUAACACUACACCCACUAGGGACAAUUUUUACAUUUACCAAGCCAAUUUACCUAUAAAACUGUACGUCUUCGGAACGUGGGAGGAAACCCACGCAGGU